CGUUUGUUGGUAUCAGUCGGUUCGCAGCUUUGAUCGUAACGAGACGUGACAUUCCUGGUUGUCAGUGCGCUGAGAGCCUCGCACCACCCACUUCCGGUUACCUAUCCAGCAGUAGUAGCAUGUUGAGUGUAUCAGGCUAGGAAAUAGGAAGACGGAUAGUCGAAAGGUGUUCUCGAAACUCAUAAAUUGCUAGUUAGUUGUUGUCUAAUUAACAUAAUAUUUUGCUAAAACGUACGGAUCACUAGUCGUAAUAUCGAUCUGGGGGCAAACUGUACGGUAUCAAGGUUGUGAUGUAGAGUGCAAUUGACUAUCCAGUUUGCUGGCUAGAAAGGCCGAGCCCGUGUAAAUUGACCAAAGGUGUGUGAGAGGAAAUAGUGAUAUCCGGGCUGAUUUUUCACUUUGACGUGAAACAUAGGGGUAUUAAUCCAUACGUGCAUAAUUUCGUUGAUAAAAGUGUAAUAGUGAAACUGGUUGAAGUGAAGCUGACGAACUAAUCUAAUUAUUCGGGCUAGGAGACCCUGAAGGAAGCGUCGUUCUACCGACUGAUUGACUGGCAGCGUGGUACGAGGUGUGCUGGCCUCGAAUAAGGAGGAAUACCAAGGAGAAGGAAUUUCGAAAGAUUAGUCUGUCAGUUCAAAGAUUUCAAUGCCUCAAAUCAGCCAUCGAAUAAUUAACCUCCUAAGGCUGCAAACGAAUAGACGCCGAAAUUGAACGGCCCCUCCACCUUCGGCUGUACCGUGUCGGUGGUACAACGCCCACUGGCAAGCCUGAUUUGCCCAACGAAACAUUCCUACGGAUUCGGUAUUCCGUAGGAAGAAUGAUCAAAUCCUACAAACUGUACCUGACACUACUGAUCAGUUCGGUGUUCAUUAUCCUGUGUCAAAAUCAGAUCUCAAUAGCAAACUUCGUGAGCACUCCAUCGGCGGCAACGGUUGGCAGCCAUGGGCUCGGAGCUGCCGAUCAAGCUUCCGCCGUAGCAGCCGUAGCCGUAGAAGCUCUGAUCGAUCUGUCGGUCGAUGAUCAAGUACCGGCCAUCGUGGAUAAGAUCCGAUCGCGAAGUCUUACGUUCAAUGAUGUCCAGCCGGUGCCGGGAACGAAAUCGACCGAUCGUACGACUACUACCUUAGGCACAAGUAGUAGUAGUAGUAGUAGCAGUAGUAGUAGCACUAUCAGUACCACUGUGAGUACUAGCACUUCAACGAGUACAACCACGUCCACCACCACCGUAGCGCCUGCAACGAGUGAUGGCUCGGAACGGCACGAACAACCAUCUAGUAGUAAUGGUAUUCCUUUCAAAUUCCCCGUGGACACCCGGCUGCUGCCCCCGCUGUACAUCAUCACGCCCACAUAUCGCCGGCCGGAGCAACUGGCGGAAAUCACCCGGCUCGGCUACACCCUCAAGCACGUCCCGAAUCUGUUCUGGCUGAUUGUGGAGGACGCUGAAAGCCGGACCGAUGCCGUGACAAGACUGCUGAAGCAAAUCAACGUGCCAUUCAUUCAUCUCACAGCUCCAAUGCCGGCCAAAUAUCGCAAAAUGAAGGUUAAACCACGCGGCGUGUCGAACCGAAACCGAGGACUCAAGUGGAUACGAGCAAACGCUACCGAAGGUGUUCUCUACUUCGCCGAUGACGAUAACACGUACAAUUUGGAGAUCUUUGAACAGAUGCGUCACAUCCGCAAAGUAGGCAUGUGGCCCGUCGGACUCAUCUCGAAGUACGGCGUUAGCAGUCCAAUCGUUGUCAACGGCACGAUCACCGGUUUCUACGACGGCUGGAUCGGAGGCCGAAAGUACCCGAUCGAUAUGGCUGGAUUCGCGGUCAGCGUCAAGUUUCUGCUCUCGCGACCCAAAGCGGAAAUGCCGUUCAAAGCCGGUUACGAAGAGGAUGGCUUCCUGCGGAGCUUGGAUCCACUGGAUUUGAAGGAAAUCGAUCUGCUGGCGUACAACUGUACGGAGAUACUCACAUGGCACACGCAGUCGAAGAAAAAUCCUUCGGCAUUACCACUAAAUUUGACGAAACACGGAUCAACCAAUCUGGUGAAACUGACCCGAACGCUAGUAUAGACAUAUUGAUUAGGCUAGGAAAAUGUAAGAAUUGCAAGGGAAAGACGAACUCAGCAAGUGUUUGCAGGAAACAAUCCUGUCAUCAAGUGAAAAAGGGAAUUUGCAAUAGUGGAAUGCCAUAAUGAAACACAGGAAUUAAUCCCAAUGAUAUGGAACGGAGAGAGGAAUACUUUAUCAUAGGUGCUAUAUUUAAAUUUUACCCUUAAAUAUGAUAAGAAUAUCUUUAUUCACGAUUAUUCAUUUCAAGCCAAUAAUUUUCCGGCUCCAAAGUAGAUAUCUAAUCGUUCACAAAAGCAAAUUCAAGGGGUACUUAAAAUUAAGCGAUGAUAUAAAAAUGAGAAAAAGCAUUGAGAUUGGUUUCAAACAAUUCGAGAUCCCCCAGCAGUGAAGACAUUCAAACGAAACGAACAAGUUAUAUUGUAUUAUAUGAAUCUUUAGAUAGGCAUUAUACCAAAAAUACUAAAAAUCAAAUUAUAAUUUAAGCAUCUUUCUUCCAUUGCAGACAUUUAGUCGUGUGAAUUGAACUGACCGAUCACUUCUUGAUUGAAACGUUCCUCUCUUGUUGUACAUACAUAUGUUCCUUACGCAUUGUUUGUUAGAUAAAUCGAUUUAAACACACUAGUCGAGUAAAUUCGGCUGUUUGUCUUAUAACACAAACGAAACAAAAAAAAUCUUUUAGCACUACUACUGACUUUUUUAACGUUGACAUCUUGUUAGCCAUGUAAAUACUUUUGUGGACAAGCGAAUCUCUUCUUUCAUAUCUAUACAAGAUCCUUUUUCGAUUUAGUGUAGCUACUCCAAAGAAUUAAACCAAACAUAUUGUCCAGAAUCUCUGCAGCAAGAGGCAAAUAUCAUUAUAAGUUAUCAUGCACCCAGUGCGAGAAUAAGUUACGACGAUGACAAGAGCAAUCUCAAAUAGGAAAGGGAAAAAAACAAUGCUCAUAUGUAUUUCUUAUCAUAGCUAGUAAUGUCCAGCUCUAGUGUUGAGCAGAUAAAAAAAGAGGCGCCUAAGCGCUGAACGAAUGUAAUCAAGAUGAACCUAAAACGAGCUUUUCCGAGGGAGAAACUGUACCAGUACUACAACAUACCAGUCGCUAUUUCCAUGUACACUAUCGCCUUCCACUAUAGGUUAAUAGUUAGUUCAUUACUCUAACCAGCUAUACUAGCUAUUUGACUUCGAGAGGCAAAUAAAAAGUUCUACCGUUUCGGUUGUUUUUUUUCUAUUUGGAUACUUCUUUGAUUGUGAUUCUAAAACUGAAAACCUUUACAUGAAUAAAGAUAUCAAUAAAUGAUAUUGGGACAAUUUGA